AUGUUUAAAAUCGUUGUCGGGUGCUACGAACAAUUAGUGAUCGGAUAUACUGUAAACAUAAAAAAAGGGGAGGACGAAGAUUUGACGCUGACAUACGAAACAAGCUUCACAGAUCAUGCACAAACAGGUUGCAUUAAAUGUUUGACAUCUGGGAAAUCGUAUGUUGCAGCUGGUUCCACUGACGAAACGAUUUGUUUGUACGAUUUAAACGAAGGGAAAGAGCUUUGGAUUCUUACAGCUGUUCACCCAUCCGGGAAACUUGGGAUGUCAGUUUCGCCCAAAGAUGGGACACUAAGGACAUGGAAUUUACUCACAAGCAGAUCUGUGUAUGUUAAAAAUAUAAAGAAAGAAAGCCAAAUUGAAUUUAUAAGGUGGUCUCCGGAUGGAAAAUAUUACAUUUCUGCUUCUCCUAAACAGCUGAAUAUAUUUGAACUUGAGAAUGCCGAAUGUGUGUGUGAAUGUGACUUUGAUAUCCCAGUUCUUACCAUUGAGUUUCUACCACUUAAUCAAACUCAAAUGAAUCGAAUUGUGGUGGGCGAUAAUGGUGGAAAUAUAUCACUUUACGAAAUACCAUCUGGAAAAAAGCUUUUAAGCUACAAGGCACAUGAGAACAGAGUCAAAUGCGUUAGCCCAAUGGUCACCCCAGAAGACAUUAUACUUAAUGGAACAUGGCUAGUGACAGCUUCUUCCGAUGAAUGUGUUAAAGUAUGGGAUGUUUCAAACUCUGAACUUGAUCAAGAAAAAACACCAAACUGCUUGCUGACCAUACCCACAGGAGCUAGACUGACCUGCGUUACAGUGUGGCCGAAAACUGAACCAAGACUUCCUGCGUCAACUGAAAGUUUAGACACAAGUGAAUCAGCUACAGAAAAGAAAACAGCAAAAAGAAGAAGAAAGCGAAAAAAUUCGGCAAAGCGGAAUCCAAGCUGAUAUUGAAGCAAGUUGUGGCAAUGUGUUUGUCAAUAAAUCUGUGUUUAUAUA